AUGAAGAUAGGUAAACUCCCCAUAAAGCUUUUCAAAACAUGGAAUAUAAAAUCAUGCCUGCCUUUCUCCUACUCAGCCUAUUUGUCUUUUAUCUCAGCUCACUCCCACUUGGGAGUCUCCUCCUCACCCAUUCAACCCAAUGAAGAUGUGAGCUACAUGAAGUUUGUGUACGAUGCCAAUAAUUUGCCAGAAAAGGAGGAAUACGACUACAUAAUAAUAGGGGGAGGAACGGCAAGCUGUCCAUUAGCUGUAACAAUAUCAUCAAACUUCUCUGUCCUCCUUCUUGAAAGAGGUUCUGUCCCUUAUAACUUCUCUACUGUACUUAACAUACAAGGUCUUUCAAAUGUUUUCACCAACGACGAUGACGGCGAAAAUCCCUUCCAGCGGUUCAUAUCAGAGGACGGUGUGGAGAACAUAAGAGGGUGGAUCCUCGGCGGCGGCAGCAUGAUCAAUGCUGGCUUCUACUCGAGGGCUCAUAAAGAGUUCUUUGAAAUGCAAGGCAUGGAAUGGGACAUGGAAAUGGUGGAGCAGGCGUAUAAAUGUGUGGAAGAGACUGUGGUGUCUCGCCCGAGCUUGAGUUCUUGGCAAUCUGCUUUUAGAAGUGCUUUGUUGGAAAGUGGAGUUGGCCCUGAUAAUGAUUUUGAUUUGAGAAACCUUGUGGGGACUAAAAUUGGAGGUUCCAUAUUUGGUAGGGAAGGGAAUAGACAUGGAGCCGUGGAGCUUCUCAAUAAAGCUAAUCCCGUAAAUCUUAAAGUUGUCGUCCGUGCCAAAGUUGAAAGAAUCAUUUUCUUUGGUUUAUCCGCAAAUGAGGUUUCAUAUUCCGAUUCAAAAGGAAAGUUGCACACAACAUUCAUACACAAUAAAGGAGAGAUUAUUGUAACUGCUGGAGCCAUUGGAAGCCCCCAACUUCUCCUCCUAAGUGGGGUUGGCCCAAAAUCUAAUCUUUCAUCCUUAAAACUACCUGUCGUCCUCCACGAACCACAUGUCGGUCAAUUCAUGUCCGACAAGCCCCGUUUUGGCACCGUGGCGGUGCUCCCAUUUCCGCUGCCAACCUCCACUGUAGAAGUCGUCGGAACUUUAGAGGGCAACACCUAUUUCGAAUCUCUGUCCAGCUUUUUACCAUUUUCAAUUCCGCCGUCGUUUGCUCUUCUUCCUCCUCAAUCUACUUCCGUCAACAUGAGCUUAGUCGCCAUCGGAGGAAAAUUCACUAAAGUUGAUUCUGUAGGGUCGCUUCAGCUGAAUGCGGAAAUGAGUCCCAUUGUUCGAUUCAAUUAUUAUUCUCAUCCUCAUGAUCUUGCGCAAUGUGUUAGAGGGUUAAGAAAAAUCGCAGAUUUGCUAAAAACCCAAACAAUAGAAAAUAUUAAGACAAAUGAUUUGGAGGGUAAGAAGACACUUCGGUUUUUGGGGGCUCCGUUGCCGGAAAACAUGGCGGAUGAUAUAUUUGUUGGGGAGUACUGUCGGAGAACGGUGACGACGUUUUGGCAUUACCAUGGAGGAUGUUUGGUCGGAAAAGUUGUUGACGGUAAUUACAGAGUCAUCGGAAUCGAAAAUCUACGUGUAGUAGAUGGCUCCACUUUCUCCGACUCACCGGGAACGAAUCCUAUGGCUACUGUCAUGAUGCUUGGCCGGUAUGUUGGCCUUAAGAUGCUUCGGGAAAGAUUAAGUUAAGAGGGUAUAAUAGCCAUUUUCUUAUUUUACAAAUGUCUCCCCCAAAAAAGAAAGUUUAUAUGUA